AUGGCAGAACCCCGAAUUUCGACGAGUUCCGAGCGUACCACGGAAGACAAUUCUGAACCAUCCAUCAUAGCCAACAAUGAAAGUAGUGACAGAGUAACGUCACCAUUGCCCAAGAAUGAAAUUAGAACCGAUUUGAACGAAGAUAUAGCACUGAGACCGGAAAUCGCUAAAGUCUUAGAUUCGGAUCUUGCCAUUAACGCAUUAUUAUCGCGAUUGAAACAGUCUCUAUUGACUUGCGAAGAGCUCACGAAAUUUGUGCGUAAGAAAUCAUUCAUGGAAGAUGUUCAUGCCCAGGAACUGGGCAAAACCUACAAGAAUUUCUUUCAAUAUAGUGGGUCGAAUUCUUCUUUACAACGAAGUAUCCAUGGCGUACUAGACUUUGAUGGGAAAUUAGCUCAAGUCAAGAACAGCUAUGUCAAGGCUUUGCAAAAAAUGAGCGAAGAACUAGGUGCCUUGCUACUGACAAUAAGCAAAAUGCGGAAAGGGCUCAAGGAAACAAGUCGAAGACUUGAGAAAGAUGUUGCAGAAGCAAUUCAUAUGGCAGAGAAGGCAAAAAAUAGGUAUCUUUCAUUAUGUCAAGACUGGGAAAAAUUGAGAAUGGCUGAUCCUUCCAAGACGAAACUGACGCUUAGGGGUUCGAAAACAACCCGUGAGCAGGAGGAAGACUUACAAAGGAAAAUUGACAGCGCAGAUCUUGAUUUUAAGCAGAAGGUUGAUCACUCCACGUCUUUGAGAAAUACAUUUGUCUCUAAGGAAAGGCCGAAAAUUGUUUCAGAAUUGAAAGAUUUGAUCCUUGAAAUCGAUACUGCGAUGGCCAUUCAAUUGCAGAAAUACACUAUUUGGACGGAAACGCUUAUACUUAACAGCGGUGUCACCAUCACUCCUUUCGACCCUUCCAAAUCCAUGAAAUCGGUUGCCGUUUCCAUGUCAAACAAACAAGAUCUGUAUGACUUUCUUAACAAGCACAACCAAGGGUCCAGGAGCAACAAUUUCAUUAACAAAAACCUUAUACCCGUUGAGUACAGACAACACCCAUCGAUGGCGAAGCAUCCGCAGGAUAAAGGUGGGCUCAAUAAGUAUGGAACACAAAACCGAACUGUGCCAAGUGGACAAUCGUUCAACCCGCCAAACAACUCUUUGCCCAAACGGAUUGUUUCAACUCAUCACGAAUCACCUUUCGAGUCACCAAAGAAUAAUGGCACACAUCCGCCUGUAUCUGCCGGUAAUUACAAGAACACUGGCAUCAUAGCACAAGAACCCGCUAUGAAAAGCCGAGCAGGAGCUGCAUCACCGACUCAUAACAAGCCAGUAACUUCGAUGGUAGACGCAGUCGUUCCAGAGGGUACCAAUCCUGGAGAGAAAGAUUUCGCUACACUAGACCCAGGUAACGGCAACCGUACAGCGAGUCUUACUACUUCCAUGGCUACCUCUUCAAGCGACAGGCCCGUUUCCCAUAUGCCAUCUUCAGGGUCUCUUCCUCCGGGUAUCAGCAAGAAUUUGAAAACCUUCGGUGUACCUCUCGAAAACCUUAUGGAGUACGAACAGGAAAUGCUUCCCGCUGUCGUGCGUCAAUGCAUUUAUGUCGUAGACAAGCAUGGUCUUGACCUGGAAGGAAUUUACAGAAAAUCCGCCAAUGUGCUUGAGGUCAGCAAACUCAAAGAGGAAAUUGACAAAGAUCCCUCAAACAUUUCUAUGAUCGUGCCUCCUAAAAAUUACACAGAUUCUGACAUCUACUUGGCUGGAUCCAUCCUAAAGGCAUUCUUCUCUAAUCUACCGACGCCGCUUCUCCCUCCUUCUAUGACUUCUGACAUCAAGACAUGUCUUUCGAUACAAGAUCCCGUUACCAGAAAAAAUUACAUGCAUGGAUUGAUCUACAAGUUACCUGACAGCCAGUACUGGACUCUAAGGUCACUGAUUUUCCAUCUCAUGAGAAUAGUCGAUCACGAAUCAACCAACAGAAUGAAUCUCAAGAGCAUUUGCAUCAUUUGGGGACCAACCAUCAUAGCUCCAAGUGACACGGAUAUGAACGACGUGAACUAUCAAAUCCAGGCGAUGGAAGUUCUGAUAGACGCCGCAAGUCAAGCUUUUGAGCCUGAGUAA